AUGCAGGUACCGAAGCUUUGGACCAGUUUGCUCUCCGCUACCGCCCUGUCGGGUCUUGUCACCUAUGGUACUGCGCAAACCUUGGGAAGGCGGCAGAAUGGUGUGUCUGAUGUAUACGACACCCGCUUCGAUGGGACAACCUGGAACAAUGCUAAUUGGCAAUUGUCGACUACGACGCUGGACCAAGGGCACUACCAAGCGAGAGCAAGCAUAGCGAAUGGGUACAUAGGCAUCAACGUUGCCUCACUGGGUCCUUUCUUCGAGGUCGACGAACCUGUCGAUGGAGACAAUGUAGCCGGCUGGCCUCUGACUGAUCGCCGUCAGUCCUUCGCAACCAUAGCCGGCUUCUGGGACAGUCAACCAGACACCAAUGGCACCAACUUCCCGUGGCUGUCUCAGUACGGAUGGGAAUCUGUCAUCUCUGGAGUGCCACACUGGUCGGGUAUUGUUGUCGAUCUCGGCGACGACGCAUACCUUGACGCAACCACGAAUGCUUCCCAAAUCCAAGACUUUACUUCGUCUCUAGAUAUGAAACGUGGCUUGCUAAGCUGGGCUUUCACGUGGAGCCCGCCUGAUUCCCCUUCCUUCAACAUCAGCUACGAGAUGUUUGCGCACAAACUGGAGAUCAACAAAGCAUUUGUCCAGCUCAACAUAAGUGCGAGCGAAGAUGCGAAUGUCACAGUUGCCAAUGUACUCAAUGGAGAUUGUGCUCUUCGCACACAACCAGGAGACAAAGGUAUUGACGACGAUAUGGUCUACAGCUCAGUUCAUCCGGACGGUCUGAUGAACGUGACCGGCUCUGUAUUCGCAAAGAUGAUCUCGACUACAAACAGUAGUAAACAGGAGGAGCUAGAUCGACCAUAUGUGGGUGGAAAUCAGUCCUCGAUCGCGGCAGGCCUGCAACUGAGCUUACGAGCGGGCGUUCCAGUCACGGUCACCAAGUACGUCGGUAUUGCGUCGUCGGACGCCUUCCAAGAUCCCCAAGCAGAGGCCAAGAAUGCUGUGUUGUCCGCCAUCAACACGGGCUACGCCGACGCCUUGGCAAGCCACGUCUCAGAAUGGGCGGAGGUGCUGCCAGAGCAUUCGGUUGACGACUUCUCGGAUCCCACGAAUGGCUCCUUGCCUGAUGACCCGUACGCUGUGGAAUCUGCAAUCCUUGCGGUUGCGAACCUGUUCGAUUUCCGUUGGAGGCUCGCCUCCGACGCUUAUGCUGGCGGUAUAUUCUGGGAUGCAGAGACGUGGAUGCAGCCCGGGCUUGUGGCUAGCUCUCCGUAUGCAGCCAGAGGCAUCUCAAACUAUCGUAUGGAGCAUUACGAGCAGGCGCAGAAGAACAUCGAGACAGCAUAUCAAUCGUCCAGGAACGAGACCACUUUCUCUUCGGACGCCGCCAUCUUUCCGUGGAUAUCUGCGAGACCGGGGAACUGCACAGCCAUGGGUCCAUGCUGGGACUACGAAUAUCAUAUCAAUGGCGAUAUUGCUCAAGCGUUGGUGAAUGAGUGGAUCGUGUCAGGUGAUACAGAUUUCUUCCGGGAGAAUUACUUUCCUAUCCAAAACUCUGUGGCCGUUCUGUACUCCGAUCUACUGGAGAAGAAUGGGUCGGAAUACUCCCUUACUAACAUGACAGAUCCAGACGAAUUCGCGGCAAACGUUGACAAUGGCGGCUUUACCAUGGCUUUGAUUGCGAACCAACUGACUUACACCAACUUCUUCCGUUCCUUGUUCAAUGAAACUCCCAACGAAACAUGGAUCGAGCAGGCAGAGAACGUGCUCAUCAGUCGGGAUCAAGAAGCCGAUAUUAUCCUGGAAUACACCGGCAUGAAUGGAUCCAUCGACGUUAAGCAAGCCGACGUUGUACUGAUCACAUACCCUGCUUCCUACACAGAUAACUACACCGACACUCAGAGCUUGUCUGAUCUGGACUACUAUGCCGCCAAGCAAUCGCAGAACGGUCCGGCCAUGACAUACGCUAUCUUUUCGAUUGUAGCAAACCAGGUCUCGCCAUCAGGGUGCUCCGCAUAUACGUACGACUUGUACUCGCAUCACCCAUACGUGCGUGCUCCUUGGUUCCAGUUCUCCGAGCAGCUCGUCGACGCCUACUCCGUGACAGGAUAUCAUCCUGCUUUCCCCUUUCUGACAGGUCAUGGUGGUGCAAACCAGGUCGUCCUCUUCGGCUAUCUUGGCCUUCGCCUUCUGCCAACGAGCUGGGCCCUACACGUCAACCCUUCCCUGCCGCCACAGAUCCCACAGGUGCGCUAUCGUACGUUCUAUUGGCAUGGCUGGCCAAUCAGUGCCUUCUCCAACCAGACGCACACCACGCUCAGCCGUCCCUCCAAUAUCGUCAAUGCCUCUGGAACAGCUCCCAACAGCACCUACACCGAAGCCGCAAUUCCCGUUGUCGUCGCGCGCCUGGUUCGACUAACACCACAACGUACUCCCUGCCUGCCAAUGGCACAGCUGUUGUCAUCCCAAAUCGACAAUAUCACCUCAACCAAACCACGCCUGGCAAUGUUCUGCAAUGCCAGCGGCCCAUCAAUGCCUCUACGGACUUCGCACCUGGCCAAUUCCCUGAGGCUGCUGUUGAUGGCGCCACUAGCACGACGUGGCAGCCACGUACGCCAACAAGACCGCUUCGCUCACAGCGCCAGCUACAACUUUUCCGUUGCCAUGUCCAACGAUACUUCGUCCUCUGGCACGGUCAUAGCAAGCGGCCACGUCAAUAUCUCGAUUCCGUUCUCCGAAAUUGAUAGUGCGGCAAUCACGGCGCCGAUGUCGAAUACUACGUUUGUGGAUUUCAUGGGCAACAAUACCGCCGAUCUCGUUCCUGUGGGAUUAGGCCCAGAGAUUCUGACUGCGGAAUAUGCCACAUUGACGAUCUGGGGAAGUUUGUAUAACUCCAGCUACACAGCGGCAAACAUGAGUGGAGACGGCGCUACUGUUGCAGAAUGGGAGGUUAUUGUGCUGGAGGAUGGCGAAGAUGCUUCGCUGGUAGCUCGCGGUAUCGAGAGCCGAGUGGGCAAGCCGUCGAAGAUGCAGGUCUAUGAGAGGGAGAUGUUGGGCAUGGCGGCCAGAGAGGAGAAAGCGACGAGGCGGCGCAGAGGGUUUCGGACUGCUUCGUGA